CCUAGCAACAGCAGGCUUGUCGCGUGAUUCACUAAAUCGCGUUACGUCCAAAGUACGACUCGGUACGAACUUGGAGAUUUUAGGACCCGGCGGUUGCUGUUGAUCUACGAGUGGGAGGAGUUAAGCUUUUGAUUGACACAGAGGCUCGGUUGAGCGAGUAAUCUGGCGAAGUGACCACACUGAACUAGCGAGUCACGGUCGCUCCAACGGAAAGGAAGAGAAAGAAAACGAAUCCCGGUUAAAUUCCGACUCGAUUCCGUGGCGAAUGUAUAGAAGUCAGUUGGCAGACGAUCUCCGUGACCGAUGCGCGAUCAGCGGUAGGUGAUAAUGCUGAAGAUGAGGCUGCCAGCGGCGGAGGGAGAAAACGACGCGGCCGACGGCGAGCGACGGGAAAAUAACAGCGGCGCGCGCCGCUACGUCCCGUUGAACCCCGCGCUGGACACCGACGCGGGCCGCGGACCGACGCAGCUCGAUAAGGAGGCGGUGUUUGAGUGGUUCGGCUUGCGGCUCAGUCCGGCUAAACGCGUGGAGUUCAUGUGCGGGUUACUCCACAUGUGUCAGCCGUUAGAACUACGAUUCCUCGGCUCGUGUCUCGAAGACCUGGCGCGGAAAGACUUCCACAUCCUGCGCGACGUCGAGGUCCGUGCGAACAACCCCGCCGACCUGCGACUCCUCACUGACGUCAGCGACCCGGUCGUGCUGUCGCGGCUGCUCGUGUGUGUCUCUCUGCUUGGGUCGAAGAACCGGGAGUGUGCGGCGAUUCUGUACGGCACGCUGAGCCGGAUCGACCUGCUGCACUGCUGCGGGGUCGGACUACAUGUCCCGGAGUUAGGACCGGCUCCUCUGGAGCAGCUGGCGCUGCUGUUCGCCAUGGCGUCGUUACACCCGGCGUUUACUUUCCACCAGAGGGAGGACGUGCGCGCGCAACUCGAGCGAGUGGACGCGUUACUGGAGGAGAGGAGCCUGAGUCACUGCGCAUGCGCAACACAAACACUGCAGAGUCCGUUUUCCCGGCCGGACGAGCUCUGUCCGCACCCUGAGGGGAGCAGAACAUGGUCGUCGUGUCCGCUCCAGCACCUCAGCAGCAUGUCUCCGAGCCAAGUGGUGCACAUCGAGAAGAUCAAACUGAAGGAGAUCUCCCUGGCAGGAGACAGCAGAGAGUACAGCUUUGAGGUUAAAUGGUCUGACUCAUCGUCUACGGCCGUGACCAAAAGUCAUCGCGAACUACAGGAUUUUCUUUUGAAGCUGUGUAAGGAAAAGAGUGCAGGAAGUUUCGAGCACGACGUUAUCGGAUUACUGAGUCGGGCCGAGGGCGAGCACAGAGAGCUGGAACGAAUGCUCAGGGCGAGGUUUGCGUCUGUGCCACGGGAGUUCCUUCAGAUGUGCCAGGCCUCAGGGUUUUUCCUGCCCCAAGCGUCUUCCCUACACUGCAGUCACGGUAACAACGCACCUGGUGCCAGAACCCGACAGCCGGCACCUCGCUUCUCAGAGGACUGCUCAGAGACUUCCAGCCUCGAUGAGGACCUCGAUGCGUAUGGGGUCUCACACUCCAGAACACACAGCACUGGAAACACGAUCCAUGGUAAGCAGCACAUGGACAGCGUUCAGUGGGAGUGCAGCAGGAGGAGUCUGCACAGCGAGCCCUACGGGGAUGUGACGGGGAGGAGACGCAGCUCCCAGCCAUGUGGGACAGAACCGGAGCAGGAGAGCGAAGAGAGGAAGAUCAGAGCAAGACCGGCAGGCAAAAGGGACAGAGGCAGGAGAGGCCCAGUCGGGAAAAGCUCUGUAGCCAAUGGGAUUCAGAGAGUUCCUGCAGUCCAGAUGAUGAAUCAGGCCAUGUGUAAGGCAUCAGGCAGGGACACUUAUGGAGACACGUCUUCAGAGAGCUCCAACUCGGUGCCUUCGAGCCCCGUCCACCAUCAGCGCAGUGUGGAAACACAAGAUACAGAGAGUCAGUCUGAUAACUCUGUCCCUGAGCCAGCUGAUGCACCCCGCCUCCCCCACGGGCAAAGCAUGGGCAGAAAAGCGGUUGCCAUGGUGAACCCGUUGGUGACCGAACCGGAGCGUGUGGGUGCAGAUGUACCGCCGCACCCCUCAGCUGUGGUGGAGCUGGCGCUGACCUCGUGCCUCCCGUAUGCCCUACAGUACAGCACCGCGCACAGAGACACGGGCAAACCCGGAGAGAGCAAACUCACCAUCACAAUCCCUCUGGGCAAACAGGAUACCAGGCCCAGCAUGGCCGUCCCCAGAGACCCCGCCCAGUGCCCGCUGCCGCCCGCCUUCCCUGAGCCACUUCAUCCUCAGGCACCUCCCAGUACGAUCACUGCUCCGGUGAAACCUUGUGCCAAGGCCAGUUCUCAGCCACAGGGCUCUCACAUGCCCUCCAGUAUAGUUCAGUGUCCUCUCACUAGCACUCAGAUACCCAGCUCUACCCCUCUACCGCCCCCCGUUAGCAUUCCCACCCCAAGUGAGAACACGGCUUAUAUCAAUAGCACUGCACAGUCACAACCAACAGGCUGCAACACCUGCGGUUGCCGGGGUACCUGCGGAGGCAACGGGGCCCACCAGGCUCAUGCCAGCUUCUUCCUGCCUGCUCAUCCCACCCGCCAGAUGUUCGGCCCACCCGCACAUUUCUUCCAGCUGGCACCGUCACUGUGCAGCACCACCUUCCCUACACAGGGCCACCAAGGGAACGGGACACCGCUGCCCUUCUAUGCCCACACAUCUCCAAGUGCCGCCUUCGCCAGCAGCGCACUCCUGCACGCCCACUCAGAGCACCUGAUGUCAGCGCAGCCCGGCUACGCCACUCUGCCCCAGGUCGCACAGUUUGCACGCUUCUACACGCCCGUCUUCCCUCCCAUGGGUUCCAUGUCUGGUGCUGGAGGAAUCAAGAAGAGCGGCGCCGUGUCCUGCUAUAACUGCGGCAUGAGCGGUCACUACGCGCAGGACUGCAAGCAGCCGUCCAUGGACGCCGGGCAGCCAGGUAAAACCAGUGCCAGGAGGUGACGAGUAUCUCUGCCGUCUACAUCGUAAUCUAUUUGCCUUUUUUUUUGCAGUGGCUUCCGGCUUAAGUAUGUCGCCCCACAUUCGUCGGAGACACUAGACAAAGCUGAUUGACAGCGAGCCGAGGACCGAGGAGACGUUCUGUCUCAGUUUCUAUGUUAAACACACCAGAGCUCGUAUGUUCAAGCGAUGGCAUUUGUGUGUGUGUGUGUGUGUGUGUGUGUGUGUGUUAUUUGUAUUAACCACCUAUAUAAGCUUAAGUCAGUUUUUUUUUUUUUUUUUUUUUUAUUUCUUUGGGGACGAAACCUGCUCUGAAACCCGACCACACGGCUCCAUGACUUUUUUUUUUUUGGUCUUUGAUUGAGUCUUCAAUGGCAUCGAAGGCUGCCGCUCCGUUCGGGACUUUGAACAUGUUUGAUUUUUAGCAGAGCUUCCAUGUGUUCCUUAUGCCACGGUGUGUGUUUGUGUCCACUGAAGUCAUUACAGUUCAAGCUGAAACACGAGAGGAGUCACUUCAACUUAAUUAACCUCCAUUUUUUUUAUUAUUAUUAUUAUUAUUAUUAUUUUGUUUUUUGGAAAUGGACAUUUUAUUACAGCCCAAAAAAAGGCUUUGAGAAUCUUUUUAUACCUGCAGCUAAAAAGAGAGGAUUGUGUUUAUUUACCGUUUGUUUGGGACGAGUUCAUUUUUUUAAACUAUAGUAAUCAGUAAACAGGAUUUAUUAUUAUUAUUA